AUGUCGCCUUUCCCUUCAAGUGGGACACAAUGCGAUGUUCGGGAGGUGACACGCAAUGUGUUGACCACCGUGGUUCGCUCCACCUCCUGUGGAAGGUCUUCAGUCGUACCCACUCCAUUGGUCGUGCAACAGGUUCUGGUUCAGGUCCUGUGGUUACUGGCCGGGCACUGUGGGAACACUGUUCAAACCAUAUACCAGCUAGACCUUUUCACCUCUUUUGAGGACCUGAAGAUCAAUGCACCUGGUCUUUCAAGACAAGCAUUUGUCAAAAUGUUAGAACAGCGCUCACAACAAUUUGGAAGGAGAGGUUACAUUUGUGGCGACAUCUUCCAAAAAGCUUUCCUUGAAUGUAAAUAUUGUCGUCAUGAAAGAGAAAAACUCUGCGGCAUUGACCACUUCUCUUGCCCAGCUUGCACCCCAGAUACAGUUGCUGUGUCUGCAGACGGAAACAGAAAAUUAUAUAGAUUCAGCAAAACAAAGGGGGUAGAGGAACAACCAUUUUUUGAUGGAGUUUUGCUGGCCAAUGACAAAGCUGUAGCAACAUUUGUUGAUUGUGUUUGUGAGAAGAUCAAGCCAGUAAAUGGAAAAGGCACCUGUGGAACAUCAACAUGGGCUGCAGCCAGGGAGACCUCUAAGAAGACAAACUCCAAAUGUGACGAAGAAGGCCUAGAGGUGGCAGUUUUUGGACACUGCAUAUUGCUUAGAGAUAUUGGCCUUAUCUGCAAAAGGUGGCUCAAUCAUUCCCAGAAAUGA